AUGUUGCCCACCCCCAGUGGGACUUUGAGCCCUCCGCCCCCAGUGUCGGCGCCUCCGCCCCCGCGCCGUCCGUCGUCCCCGCGGCGUUUCUUCGCGCGCCUCUACGGCCCAGCGACGCCCGCCCCCACCCACGACGCCACCGCCGAUGCCGGUGCCACCUCCGCCCCCGACGCCGCCCCCGCUCGCGUCACCAGCGCCCUGUCGCUGUCGCUGCCGCAGCAGUUCUCGCGGCCCCCGCCGCCCCCGGGCGCUUUCCUGGCGCUGCCGCCUCCACACGCCGCCUCCGUCCACGGAGUGCCGCCCCCGCUGCCGCCCCUCGACGCAGCUCACUUCCCAGCAGGCUUCUCCGCCUUCCUGUACUGGGCAGAGAACAAGGAAUCUCCGCAGAGUCCACAUCAUGCGAAUCGCUCUAAAAUUUAA